AUGAACGUCAGUCCUCUAUAUAAGAUUAUCGCGCUGUCUACUGUUCUAGCCGCAGGCUUCAUUCUCAUCAUUCUCUCAUGCGCACUUUUCAACAACUGGAUACCACUGUCAGUAGUCGGUCUGUUUCUGAUAGCUCCCAUUCCAAACGGUAUUUGCGGCCAAUACCAGGCUCACGAUGAUUUCAUGAGCGAAUCCACAAACACAAUUGUCGAUUUCGGUCGGUUUUUCACAGGAUUUUUGGUCUUAAGCGGUGUUGCUCUGCCUAUUGUGCUGGCCCAUAAUAACAUCAUUGGAACACCCGCUAUGAUCAUGUCCCUGGUAGGUGGUUCAUUGAUUUACUUAACGAUUAUCACAUUCCGCUCAUUUUUCCAUGAGCCUGAAGAUUUUUAG